CAACCAUCGGUGGUCAUGCGAGCUGCAAAGUUGGACCAGGAGAAGAUCCUAGUGACUAUUGCGAAUGACAAGGCGCCAGCCAUGAAUGGCCACGGUCAAAGUCAAGGCAAAACCAACGGUCAAGGCAAACACAAUGGCGGCAAGCCUCCGCUGCGUGCGAUCCUUGGAAACAGUGCACCGCAGCGCCAACAUGAAGCAAGCAGCGUUUUCAAUACCCCCGAAUCUAACUUCAAUCGGCCCCUCCAUCCGCGUGUCCUCCAUCCCGGACAGGUUCGCUCCACGGGAAGCUCCGUGAAUCAUAGACUGAAAGUGAAGCCACCAACGGAUUCUCCCUCGCCAGGGGUAGCGCCCAUCACUCCGCCUGCUUCCCCGGAAAACGCUCAAACGAAGCCCGCUGCCGUCAAAGCCGCGCACAACGAGAAUUUAAUGCGAGUGCAGCAGGCGCAGGCAGUCAAGGCUAAUCCCGCGCCAAAAUCAAAGGUGGCCAUCAAAAUCGAUGCUUCCCUUGACGCCGUCUCCUCGCUGAAUCGCUAUUGCCAGGAAAAUGGCUUCGAAACACCCGUAUUCAACAUUUUCAACAAGCCGCCUCGCCUGCACUGUUCCGUUCGCAUCGAUGGCGAUGUGUACAGCAGCUAUCCGCAGGAGUUCGCCGACGAGGAAUCGGCCCGCCAACGCACAGCCCAGGUUGCCAUUCAGCGCAUCCAGCACGCCGAGUCGCACCAGAAGCUCUCCGCUUGCACGCUUGGCGACGAGGAGUUCAUCGACGGAUUGUACAAGGAGCUGCUGAAGUACCCGCAUGGCAUAUUGGGACACAAGCUGGAGGACUGGUACAGCAGCACCUUCCGACAACACCUGCCCGGCCAUUGGUACGAUCUGAUCAUUGAGUCAAAGAAGAUCCGCGUGGAGCACGGCAUUGACCCGAGGAUCAUAUUGUUCGCCAACGAUCCUGGAAUACCGGAACCGGCUCGCAUCAGCACACCCAGCAUACUGCCGGAGCCACAGCUGCCAUGGCAGACACUCGAAGGUGGUCCGCACGACUGGAACAUGUUCAUCAGCCACUGCGACUCCACCAAGCAGGUGUGGGCUCGACUGAUCGAUCAGAUAGCCAACUUCGAUGAGCUGACCAAGCACAUGGGCCGUCAAAUGGCGGUUCCGCUGUUCCGACAGCCGGUGGUUAAACCUUUUCUUCAGGAAGUCUAUCUCGUGGAGAUCCCCGAUGGCUGGAACCGCGUGCGUGUAAUCUCCGUGAACGAGGAGCAGCGAUCGUGCCGCUGCCACUUCGUGGACUUCGGCGACGUGGCUCUGUUCGAGUUCGCCGAUCUGUUCCAGUGCCCGCCGCAGUUCCUAGUGCUUCCUGCCCAGGCCGUCUGCCUGAGUAUGUAUGCGUUGGACAAGUUCGAGGACCAUCCGCAUGCCCAGGCGGUUCUGUCCAAGGAACUGGAUGGUCAGACGGUUGUGGCCCAUGUGCUCACCACCCAGAAGCAGUUCCUCGAACUGGGCGGAGCUGCGCAGGGAGUUGAGGAGAAGGGCAAGCGACGGGCCUGUUUGGUGGCAACGCUGUACGACACCUCGACGGCCGAGGACAUUCACUUGAACGACCUGGUGGCCAGCAGGAUCACAAAAUGUACACCGCCACCCACGCUAACGGACGAAAAGAAAAUCGGUAAGACCACACCGAUCCUCGUGUCGCACAUCAACGAGGAUGGCGACCUGUUGGUGCUAAUCCGCAACGAGGAUUUGAAAUUCUUGGAGCGCAGCAUAGCCCAAACAGUGGCUGAUCUGGGCGAGCAGGACCGCGUGAGCUAUUCCGAUCUGCUGCACGAUCGCCAUGUCUUCGUCUGCGACGAGUCUGUCGAGGGCCAGAAGCAAUGGUUCCGCGGACGACUGGUGACCCGACCCAAGAAUCCAGAGGAGGAGACCUUCGACGUCUAUUACGUGGACGACGGACGGCAGCGCAAGACGCACAUCUCCAACAUUUACCGCCUGGAAGCGAGCAACAGAGCACUGGCCACAUUCCCGCCACAGGCACUGCCCGUUCGUCUUCACGACGUUCCGGAGAUCGCGGGCCAGAUGCUGGGGCGUCUUCGUGGACUGAUGCCUCCGCGCUGUGAGGCCUUGCUUAAAGUGGUGGCCAAGGAUGGCUCAAAGCCUUUGGUCAACGUGUUCAUCCGCGGACAGGAUCCGGAAUCGAUGUACAUGUGCAUAAACAUCGGCCUUCGCCUGGAAUUCGAGAUGGCGAGCUCCAUUCGGCCGGAGAAAUACGAUGAUUUGCCCCUGAGUUCCAACGUCCACUUGCCAAGACGCGGCAGCUACAGCUCCGUGGUCUCCAGCCAGAGCAGCGGAAGUGACCUCGUGGCUCUUACUCCGCCGGUUACACCAAUGAAGGCGGCAAUUCCAAGAUCGGGAGUCACUUCCUUCUCUUCGCUCGUGCUUAAGGAUUACGAGGCCAUUCCAGCAGUUGGCGCCUAUUUCGAGGUGCGGGUUGCCCUCUCCGUGAAUCCCGCUCACUUUGCGGUGCAACCCUAUAAAUGCUAUAACCAGCUGCAGGCUUUAAUGAAGGAUCUGCAAGAGCAUUGCAAAAGCCCUGCCGCCAAGGGAGUCCAGCCAUCCCAACUGGCCAUUGGAGAGGCAUACGCAGCUCCCGACAGCGAAGGCGUAUAUCAUCGCGUAAAUAUUCGCAAAAUUUACGAUGAGAUAAUACACGUGAGAUUCGUGGAUCUGGGCGACGAUGGAGUGAUUGCCUGCGAUCAGCUAAAAACUCUGCAGCCGGAAUUAAGGAAGCUGCCGAAGAUGGCACUCCCAGCCCAAUUAUAUGGCAUUCAGUUAGCAGACGUUGUUUGGAGCAAAGAUAACUGCAUUCGAUUCCGUCAGCUGACACUGGGUCAAAAGUUCAUCGGAAUCGUGCGGCGCCUGCACAAACAGAAGGACGAAACACUGGCUCUGUGUUUGGAACUGGUGGAUGUGUCCACGCCGAAGGAUAUUAAGCUGCACGAGAUUCUCAUCAGCGAGAAGCACGCACAGCCGGAAAAGAAGGAAGUCUGAGUUGGAAAUGAAGAGACGAACCACUUGAUUUUGUUCAUGUUUAUGUUUGCUUAGUCAUAGCCUUAGAAUUAGGGACAUGUAACUUAUUACGACACAUUCCGCCAGAGGGAAGCGAAAAUAGCCAAUAUAUACUACGGAUUUUGCUAUCGAGA